AUGGUAUCAAACUCAUCGAAAAAAGGACGUGUAUCACGUUCAACACGUGCUGGAAUCAUCUUUCCAGUCACUCGUAUGCAUCGUUAUCUUAAAGCGGCUCCAACUUCUACGACUCGAGUAACAAAAGGUGCAGCUGUUUAUUUAGCAGCCGUAGCUGAAUAUCUUGUUGCUGAAGUACUUGAAUUGAGUGGAAAUGCAGCACGUGAUAAUCGACGAACUCGAAUUAUACCAAGACAUGUUCUACUUGCUAUAGCUACUGAUGACGAACUUAAUAAAUUACUUCGUGGUUGUGUAAUACCACAAGGUGGCGUUCUUCCAUCAAUUUUUCCGUUUCUUCUUCCAAAAAAUACUGGUGAUAGUCCAGACCAAUCAUCAUCAUUUUCAUCACGAGCAUCAACAGUAACAAAAACAAAAGCAGCUGGUAAAAGUACAAAGGCUAGUGGACGUAAACCAGCUUUGACAAAAGGUCUAGGAAGUUUUACUGUUUUAGGAACACCUAAAUCAAAGGCGGCUGCACUUAAAGGUACUGCAGUAACAACACUUUCUGAACGUGUUCUUAUUCGUGGACAAAAGUUGACUGUUGUUCAAGGAAAUAUUAUUAAUAUCACGGCUGAUGCGAUUGUUCAUCCAACGGGUACUUCACUCAGUAUGAGUGGUGAAGUUGCAGGAGGACAAGAAUUACGAGAUGCUUUAUCUCAAGCAGCAAAAACUAAAUCAUUAACUAAUGUUGGAGAUGUGAUGAUUACUGAUGCACCUAAUCUGUCUGCAUCACAUUUAAUUCAUGUUAAUUCACCAACAUGGAAUGCUGGUACACAAGAACAAUGUAUUACUGAACUUGACAAGGCUACUUUAAAUAUUCUUACUUUAGCCGAUGAAAAAGGUCUUACAUCUGUUGCAUUGCCAAGUAUUAGUAGUGGAAAUGCUGGAUUUCCGAAACAAACAGCUGCUCAAACAAUUUUAGCAGCUUUAUCAAAAUAUUUUCGACAAACAGCAACAACAAAUCUUCAACAGGUCUUUUUUGUUUUAUACGAUGCUGAAAGUGUUAAUGUUUAUACAACUGAACUGCAACGUAUGGUUGAAUAA